AAUCGUGAUCGAGGGCUGGUUAAGCAGAGAAUGGAACCAAAACCAGAGCAGAACGAGUGGAGCUCAGGCGUGUGGGCUCACUUAACCGACGUCCGGCGACGAUCGCCGCUGGUUCAGUGCAUCACCAACUUCGUCUCCAUGGAUCUCGUAGCCAACACGCUUUUAUCGGCCGGUGCGUCUCCGGCGAUGGUCCAUUCAGUCGUCGAGAUUCCUGAUUUCACGCCUCAUAUUCACGCGCUUAGUAUCAACGUUGGAACGCUUACACCUGAGUGGCUUCCCUCCAUGAAAGCUGCCGCCGAAGUCGCUUCUCAGCUCGGAAAGCCUUGGGUUCUCGAUCCCGCCGCCGUGAGUUGCUCCGGGUUCCGAUUAAAGUCGUGUUUGGAGCUUAUCGGGUUAAAACCUACUGUAAUCAAAGGAAACGGUUCUGAGAUUAUUGCUCUCUCAUCCGCUUCACCGGGUCAGACUAAGGGUGCUGAUAGCUCUCAUGAAUCUACAGACGCUAUAGAAGCUGCUAAGUCAUUAGCUCUGACGAGUGGUGCAGUUGUUGCAGUGUCUGGAGCUGCUGAUAUCGUUACAGAUGGGAACCAGGUUAUUGGUGUUCACAAUGGGACGAAGAUGAUGCAAAAGAUCACUGCAACUGGUUGUUCACUAGCUGGUCUUAUUGCAGCAUUUCUUGCUAUUGAUUCAUCACGGCCGCUGGAAGCUACAGUUUCCGCUAUGUCUGUCUUUGGCAUCGCAGGUGAGUUGGGAGAAGCUCUGGCGAAUGGUCCAGCUUCGUUGAGAAUGCAUUUGAUUGACUCUCUGUAUGGGUUGGAUGAAACCACAGUUCGUAGCCGUGUGAAUAUCACAAGGUUUGGUUGAUGUACAAGAAUCUUCUUCUUGGAAUAAAGUUUCUGAAGAUAUCACAAAGCCAUAGGAGGAGUGUCAUGGUAAUUGGGGUUGUUUAUCCUCGGAUUAGAGUAAUAAUUGGGGUUGCAGUGGCAGAACCUUGAGUAGAUUGUGUAAGCAGUAUAGAUUCUGCUGUUUCAGAAUUCUUGUAGUUACAACCCUAGGCUUUAGAGAAAUGUUCAUAAUACACUAUCACAAUAUUAGAAAUUUCAGGGCUUUCU